AUGGGUUUGGCUUUAAUCGGAUUUCUCUUACUCAUUCCAAUUCUUGUAUUUUUAUUGAAAUCACGAAGAAAACCGAAAACCGUCGCGUUUUUUCAUCCGUAUUGCAAUGCGGGCGGAGGCGGCGAGCGUGUGUUGUGGUGCGCGCUUCGAACAAUGCAGAACAAGUUUCCCGCUUAUAAAUAUUAUGUGUAUUCUGGGGAUCUUGAUGCGACGAAAGAGCAAAUUCUUCUGAAGGCUCGCCAACGAUUCGGCAUCGAACUCGACCCGACAAACGUCGAAUUUGUGCCGCUUUACCUUCGUCGAUUGGUUGAAGCUGACUUAUAUCCGCAUUUUACAAUGAUUAUACAAGCAUUAAUGGGCGGAGUUUUGGCACUUGAAGCGCUAUGUCGUUUUGCACCGGAAAUAUUCAUCGAUUCGAUGGGAUACCCUCUAUCGUUGCCAGUUUUCCGAAUUUUGUCUGGAAGUCGAGUCGCUGCUUACGUGCACUAUCCGACGAUCUCGUGUGAUAUGCUUGAAGUUGUCCAAAGUCGAAAGGAGACAUUCAAUAAUUCAACGAUAAUUGCUCAAAGUCACGUUUUGUCGAUUUUGAAACUCAUUUAUUAUCGUCUUUUCUCACAUUGCUAUUGGCUUGCUGGAAAAGCUGCGCAAGUUGUUAUGGUGAACGGAAGGUGGACACAACGACAUAUAACUUCAAUUUGGUCUCGAAAAGACGUUGAAAUUGUGUAUCCGCCAUGCGAUGUCGAAUCGUUUUUGUCGAUUGAAUCAUCUGCUGAGAAUUUGUUCGAGGAAUCAAAAGUUGUCAGAUUAUUGUCUCUGGGUCAAAUUCGGCCGGAAAAGAAUCAUAGAUUACAAUUGGAAAUAGUGGAAAGUGUGAAAACCCCGCUGAAAAAGAAAGGUUUCGACGUGAAAUUGGGAAUUGCUGGAGGUUGUAGAAAUGACGACGAUAAGCGAAGAGUUGAAGAAUUGAAGAAAUAUGCUGAAGAACUGGGAAUCACUGAAAAUGUUGAUUUUCAUCUGAAUAUUCCUUAUGAGAAUUUGUUUGCCGAACUCUCUAAGACAUUAAUAUCAAUUCAUACUAUGCACAAUGAGCAUUUUGGAAUUUCGGUUGUUGAAGCGAUGGCUGCGUCGACAAUUGUGUUAUCGAAUGAUUCCGGUGGACCUCAGAUGGACAUCGUCAAGGAUUAUAAUGGAGAAACUGUUGGAUAUUUAGCUGUUACCAAAGAAGAAUACUCGUCAGCGAUUUUGAAAAUUGUCGAGGAAGGCUCAGAAAAACGAGAAAAGAUACGGGAAAACGCGCGAAAAUCGCUUGAUCGAUUCAGUGAGGCGAGUUUCGACGAAGCAAUGAAACUCUACUCGGUUCAAGUUUUGCACAAAAAUCCAGAGAACAGUAAUGUGAAAAUAAUGAAGACCGCGUUCGAUUUGUCGUCGUUCAGCUUCUUCCAACGCGGUUCUGUUCAGGAAUUUAUGACGUUCACUGGAAAAUUGCUUGUCGAGCGCAGUGGUCUGGGAGCCAGAAGUUCUGUUAAGGAAAAUGAAUACAUGUGCCAUUGUUACGUGAGGAAUGAUGGAUUGUCGGCUGUUUGUGUUACCGAUGCAGAAUACCAGUCUCGUGUUGCAAUGAGCUGUCUUGGUCGAGUGCUCGAUGAUUUCACGGCAAAAGUGCCUGCUGUUCAAUGGGCCGGAAUUAAAUCAGAAAAAGAUUGUCUUUACACAGGACUUCCGGAAUUGCUUACGAAAUGGCAGAAUCCGAGAGAUGCCGAUCCAAUGACGCGUGUUCAGGAGGAAGUUGAGGAAACGAAAAUCGUGAUGCACAACACAAUUCAGUCGGUUUUGGAUCGAGGAGAAAAGCUGGAUGACUUGGUGAAAAAAUCUGAGAAUUUGUCGGACCAAUCGAAAUUGUUCUAUACACAAGCACGAAAAAUGAACAAAUGUUGCAACUAUGUUUUUGCUGAAAUCAAGGAGGCCGAUAUUUCAAGUUUAGAGUUUGUUCACGCUAUUUGGCGGCAUGGCGAUCGAACUCCGGCAAUUCUUCUCGAUCCCAAACAUAUUUCCAAAUGGCCGCAAGGAUUAGGCGAAUUGACCGAAAAAGGAGCGGAACAACAAUAUCGAUUAGGUCAAUGGCUGAGGAAAAGAUACGGAAAAUGGAUAGGAGAGGAAUUUAAUAGCAGAACGAUUUAUAUUCGAAGUUCUGAUUACAAUCGAACACUGACAUCGGCACUCGCAAAUAUGGCGGGAAUGUUUCCACCAAAAAAGGGUUUGGAUGCGAAUAUUAUGUGGCGACCGAUUCCGGUUCACACAAUACCACAAUAUCUCGACAAGGAGCUCUACGAAGAUAUUCCGUGUCCAGCGGCAGAAGCUGAAACGGCGAAAAACUUUCGCACAUCUCAUGCCGACAGUAUCAGGGCGGAAUUUCGCCGGGAAAUUGAGUUCUUCUCGCAAAAGUUGAAAUUUGAAAAGAAAAUUGAAUUGGAAGAUGUUUGGAAAAUUUACGAUAACUUUUUCUGUGAGAAAUGCAACAAUAUUGUGUGGCCGGAAUGGUUGAAUUCGACAAUGUUCGAUAGAUUGGAGAAAUUCUACAACGCUGUUUCGAAAUUGGAAUUUCAUACCGAAAAACUUCGACGACUGCGUGGGGGAACCCUUCUCGAAGAAAUUUUUAAUCGAUUCAUUUCAAAAAUUAAUGGAACGUUGGGUUCUGAAUCCAAAUUCUACGCCUAUUCGGCGCACGAUUCCACUAUUGCGGCUCUUCUUUCGACAUUCCGUAUUGAAUAUGAGUAUUUUCCACAUUAUGCGACUGCUUUGCUUAUAGAAAUGCACAAAAUGAGCAACUCUACAAGAGUUUUACGGAUAUUCCAUAAAAACGAAACAGAUGUCGAUGAUGUUGUGGAAUACGAGAUUCCCGGAUGCGAAGCGCCGUGUACUCCACAUAAAUUGAAGGAGGAUUUGAGCAGAUAUUUUCCAGCCGAUUGGUUUGCUGAAUGUGGUCGAUCGCAAAAUGAUUUUCCAUAUGUUGUUGCACUUGGAAUUUUAAUGUUUACUACAACAUUACUAGGCACAUUAUUAAUUAUGGAGAAAUUAUCGAAAAAAGUGAACCGGAAUACAACUUUACGUGUGAAUGAGAGAAAUUCGCGUGAGGAUCGAAUCCCGAUGUUAUCAACGUCCGAUGAUGAAUUAUAG